GACGUCAUUGACAUGUGUGUGACAAAGAUGGUGCCCGUUUACCAGCUGGCACUCAUUCUUCAGUGAAAAAAACUACAAAAACUGUUGCAUUGUGCAUAUUGUGUUUAGCAUGGCGACUGUGCUGGAUUUAGUGAGACAUUAUCAACAUUCAAUAGAAAAAUCUUUAAAAUAUGACAACGACGAGCAAAAGAUUUUGAAAUGCAUAGACAAAUUAUUCAACCUAGACGUGACCGUCCAACACCUGCAAGAAACAGGAGUUGGGAGAACUGUGAACGCUCUGCGGAAGGAGCCCGGUGAUGUAGGCAGCGCAGCUCGGUCACUCGUCAACAAAUGGAAACUUAUGGUGGCAGCGGAAGAAAGUGACGAAGAAGAUCACAACAACUACAGUGAGACAAAACACGCCAGUUGUAACGGACAUGAGAAUGGAAGGAGCGACCGCUAUGAAAAAUCUAGCCCAAUCGUAAAAACGGAACCAAAACUGAUGAAUGGAAACUACAGUGGAAAUAAGAUCAAGAGAAAAUAUAACAGUAGUGAGGAUGAAGAACCUGACAGAAAAAAGACGAAGAGUUCUAGUUAUGGGAGUCAUGAUGACAUUAAAAAGAAAUCAGCAGACCAAGUAAAAAAAGAACGCUCGGAAACUCGUGACGAUUCCCGAGUAAAAAAAGAGCAGUCUGAAAGUGAUGAUGACUCUGAUGAUAGCAAUGAUUCAGAGAGUGACAAUAGUGACUCUGAAAUGUCUGAAUCUUCGGAAGAAGAAAAGCCUAGUAAGAACGAAUCGAAACAAGUUACCACCCACAAUCAUAAGUCCUCAUCAUCUUCCAAACAAUCAACACACAGAAGUCCAAAAGACUCUUCGAGUAACAAAGAAUCUACAAGUUCAAAAAAAUCACAUGAGUCUGAAAAACAUUCUAAGAAACAUCACAAUACAGAAAACACAGAUAAACAUUCAUCCGAUAGACAUUCAUCAAAAGAAAAAUCUCAUAGUAGUUCUCAGAAGCACAAAAGUUCGAAGGAAAAUGAUAAAAGCGAGAAAAGUUCCAAAUCAGACAAAAAUUCGUCUGAAAAAGAUAGAAAACAAAAAGAUGAUCCCAAACCAACUUCUUCAGCUUCAUCAUCAUUAAAACAUAAAAGUGAUUCUGACAAGCAUAAAUCUUCUAAGCCAGACAAUAAUGUGGAAAAACAACAUCACUCUAGUAAAUCUGACAAACAUAAAAGUUCCAGUUCCAGUCAUUCACAAAAAUCAGAAAAAGACAAGCACAAAAGUUCGUCAGAGAAAGAAAUCUCGAAUGAAAAACAUAAGUCAAAACAUGGUAGUAGUUCAAAAGAGAAACACAGUUCCUCUAGUAAAGAGAAGUCAAAAGAAAGCAGUAGUAGUUCAAAGGAUAAAACUGAUAGUUCUAUGAAAGAUAGUCAUAAGAGCGAGAAAAAACACUCGUCAUUGAGUGAGAGUAAAUCUAAACACAGUGAUAGUAAACACAAGGCUGAUAAGCGUGAUGAGGGAAGUAGUGAAAGUAAAUCUAAGAGUAAAUCAAGUUCCUCGUCAUCACACAAAAGCAAAUCCAGCAGCAGCAGCAGUAAGUCGAAAGACGAAGUACCAAAGAAAACAAAUCAAGUAAAUAGUAGUGCAGACAGUGAUGAUGGCAUCGACUGCGGUUCAGGUGCUAGUUUUGCUGAAGCUCUAGGUAUGAUAAGUCCUGCUAAACCCAAAAAGAAAACUGCACCUGUAAAAGAGACGUCCAACUCUAAUCACAAUGAUCUAAGCCCAGCGUCUCUAUUAGCGCCCACCGCAAAGCUAGCGCCGCUGCCCGCGAUUGAGAUUUCGGCGCUGCCCGAGAUAUCGCCCAACUACAAGCCGCGGCCGCCGCCCAAGCUGCUGCCACACUUCACAGAUGAAGACGCGAUGAGCAUGACCAUGUCUUCUAAGAACCAAAGAACCAAAGUGUACUCUGGUAACAAAGUGAUAGGAAAAAUACCGACUUUGUACGAAAUGUGUGUACAAGUUCUUCAAGAACAUAUAGAUGCCCUAGAGUACACCGGCGGAGUGCCGUACGACAUACUGAAGCCGGUCAUCGACCGCGCCACGCCGCAGCAGUUGUUCGUGCUGGAGCAUUAUAACCCUUAUCUCAUGGAGGAUACGGAUCACCUCUGGCAGAAGUUCUGCGGGAAGAACUUCAGGAACAAACAGCGGCAGGAGAUGGAGACGUGGCGGGAAAUGUAUAUGAGAUGUCAAGAAGAACAAGAACACAGGCUGAAAUCCCUUACGGCCAAUAUCAGGAUAGCGCAAGAGGCCAAGAAAGCGCCCAUCAAGCAGACCAAAAUGGCUUACGUAGACAGCGUCGUCAAACCGCCGAGAAACAUUGCUAGAAAACAAGCACUGCACGGCACAGCCCACGCGGCGUCAGCCAGUCCAGCGGCGCGUGUGGCCUCACUGGCCGCGGCGCCCAACGUGCUCCGAGGCAACACCAGGCCCACGCCCACGGUGACUACAGGCUCCUCCUUCAAGCCCAAGAAGGCUCCGCUCAUGCAGAAGGCUCUUCAAUUCAUGCGCGGCCGCAAGCGAUGAUAACACGCCGCCCGCCUGCUUGUAUCAGUGAUGUAUUUACCGUUUUCUUUAGACUGUCUGUUUUACUUUUUGAUUUACAGCGUGCAUGGUUCAUCGUUUGGGAAUGGUUAAAAAUAUAAUUAAGUAAAGUAAUAUUAUUCAUAAAAGACAUGAGUUGCUCAUCUACAUUUGUAUAGCGAUAAAGGUCAGUACGUCAACUCACUACAUAAUACUAUUGAGUCACAAUUUUUGGUCUGGUAGUAUACUACUUAAAAGUCUGAAAUAGCAUAAUUAUUGAUUUUGAAAAUGCCUUUUGUAGAAAGUUGAAAACCAAUAGAAAGUAGGUUGAUAUGUCGGUAACACCACAACGCAUGAGUUUUUAUGAGUACCUAAUUUCGUC